AUGACCGAUUACUACGACAACUGGUUUUUCACGACCAGCAAGACCAAAAACACAUGUCCAACCAACCCUUUCACAUGUUUAGCCCCAAACGCAUGCGCCCGUGAUCCCACCACGGGCCGCAGCUACUGCUGCGACGCCGGCGCCACCGCGGUGUGCUGGACCGGCUCGACGCCGUGCCAGGGCGACGGCUCGACCAUGGCCUGCGGCUCGGGCACGACCAGCUGGUGCUGCCUUGCAAACGGCAAGGAAAAGUGCACCGAGACCAAGGGCCAGAUCAACAUUUGCUGGAGCACGGGAUACGACACGCUGCGGAACAUAAGUGUAGCCUCCCUCGAAGCCGUGCAUUCGUCCCUGGCGUCAAAAAACCCCGAUGCCAGCUCCUUGAUGUUCACCCCGACGGAAGUCAUCGCCGCCACCAGGACCCCGACCGCAACGUCCUCGUCGUCAGCGGCAGCAACGACGACCGCCUCGGGAGCUUCUUCGGCCGCGGCGUCCAGCGCGAGCAGUUCUCCAUCCGCCACGGGCGCAGCGGGGUCGGCAGGGUCAGCAGAAGGCGGCGGGUCCGGGAAUUCCAGCUCGGACUCGUCCUCGUCGUCUCUUGCGCCGGGCGCCAUAGCAGGUGUCGUGGUGGGGCUGGUCGCGGCCCUGGCCAUCAUAGGGCUGGUCGGUUUCCUCGUCUGGCGGCGCAUCAAGAGGAAGGAAGCCGACGAGGUGGCGGCCGCCAACGCGCAGUCGCCGGGCACGAGCGAGCUGGCGGGCCACAACGGCCUGCCGUUUUCGCCGCGCAGCAACGCGUCGGAACUGCCGGUCGGAUACUCGCACAUAGCGGCGCACGGAGGCGGGCCGCAGGACAACAAGACGUACUACGCCGACCAAAACACCCGCGAGUAUUACAAGGUCCCCGGCACCUCGCCUUCCGAGAUGCCCACGCCGUACUCGGACGCUACGCCUGCUGAAAUGCCGACAACGUACAACACGACGAGCGAGCUGCCGGCACAACAUUAUCAUAGGGACGGGGAUGAGGAACACACGCCCUUUACUCAGAGCACGAGGCGUUAA